CACGUUGUCAGUGUGCGCCACGCUGCCUACGCUAACACACUGGCCCACUCUAUCUCCUGUGGGUAUAUCGAUUCUCAACCAUAACUACGCACAGUUUCGUCAACUGUCGCGGGCCGGACUCACUGUCAUGAGUAGCGUAGUUGUCCCCCAUAGUUCUAGACUCGUGCAACAAGUUUUUCCAAACAAGUGGUUUCGCGGUGCCGGUUCUUUUGGAAAGUUUUAGUGAGUGAAUGUUAGUGAUAUCCACAUACAUGAGUGGUCAGUUUUCUCAAAUUGAAUACUCUGGCCGAGAAUUGGUGAAGUGAAUCAGUGCCUACGUGAUAGUGUGAUAUUUAUGUGAUUCUUUUUGGAUACCUACCGCUCAUAAGCCAAGAUGAGUUCCCCGGGGCAAGAGGCGGUGGCCAACUCCGGGUACAACUCUGGGGACGAGACGUCCACGCUGCUGGUACGGGUGAACACCGCCAAGCCCGUGCUGAUGCGGCAGGACUGCACGACCUCGCUGAGCGUGUCGCCCACCCCGCACCUCAGCCACUCGGCGGUGCUGAUGGGCCAGAGCGACGAGUCCGGGGGGAUGCCCGUGGUGCUGGAGGAGACCGCCCGGUCCGUGCCGGACAUAGAGCUGCACUGUCGCGGAGUCUUGGACCACCUCGCGACCCGCGUGUCCCCGAGGUGCGCCUGCAGACGGAAGUCGUCCUCCCUCAUGGCUCGCUCCGUGUCGCGCGAGAGCGUGCGAUCGAUCCACCCGCCACCCCCGGUCCUCCUCACCACCUCCCCUAGUUCUCGCAUCAUCCGCCAGAGCUCUCAGCCCGAGGCGACAGCGCUCGCCGCGUGCAGCGGACACUGCUGCAACCACAUCCACCACCACGGCAGCGGCAGCCCGGUACCUAGCGCCUCUCUGCGGCAACUCCGGGAACCCGGGGACGGCAUCGCCAUGAUCGCCAGUGAGUCCUUGCGCAUCAACGGCGCCAUCCGACAGUUCAAACAGGGAAUUCUCCUGAACCCUCAAACCCUCGCGCAGUCUCGGAGGUCCAAGCUUAGGAGGGCGUUCACAGAUGCCACGUCGGAGACCGUCACCUUCGUAAAGACGGUGGGCGACUUUUACUUCUCUGCCUGUCUCUUUCUCUUACUCUCUACUACUUGCUCUCUCUCUCUCUUUCUCUCGCACUGAUCGCCUUC